GGUCCCUCUUUGUUGCCCAGUCUUGUUCCCUUGAAUUUAGGAGGGUCAUUCUUUCAUUCUUUUGGUUUCAGUUUCAGAUCUAAAAGCCAAAUCUCCAUCAUCCCAUGAUUUUAGUUUUUGUAGUCUCUGAUAUGUCAUAGGACAGUCCAACCAAACACAAACACUCCCACCUCAAACUCAAAGGUUGCAGCUUGCUACAACUUUGAAGUUUGAACAACAAAAAGACAAGUCCUCCUCCAAUUUGAAGUCAAAGAAAAGAGAUGGGGUUUCAAGAAAACGGAAAUGGGGAAAUGGGGUUGUCUGGAAUCCCCUUGGGAGCAAAGAACAAGUACAAGAGGAUGAACUCCGAGUUUGAGGAAAACGAUGAUGUUUUGAUCCAACAGCAACAAGAAGAUAAGAGGAACGGUAUUAGGAAAUAUGUUCUUGCCUGUGCCAUCUUUGCUUCUCUCAAUAAUGUCCUUCUCGGCUAUGAUGUAGGUGUCAUGAGUGGAGCCGUUAUAUUUAUCAAAGAAGAUCUGAAGAUAUCUGAGUUUCAGGUAGAAUUUUUGGUUGGUAUUCUGAGCAUUGUUUCUCUACUGGGUAGCCUGGGUGGUGGAAGAACAUCAGAUAUUAUUGGUAGAAAAUGGACAAUGGCCUUAGCUGCAGUUGUAUUCCAAAUGGGUGCGCUCACAAUGACUGUUGCUCCUUCAUAUGCAGUGUUAAUGAUUGGAAGGUUUCUAGCUGGGAUUGGAAUAGGUUUUGGAGUUAUGAUCUCCCCUAUAUAUAUUGCUGAGAUAUCACCAAAUGUCACAAGAGGCUCUCUUACUACCUUCCCUGAGAUUUUCAUAAAUGUAGGAAUUAUGCUUGGUUAUGUAUCAAACUAUGCAUUUUCUGGCCUUUCAUCUCACAUAAAUUGGAGAGUGAUGCUUGCUGUGGGAAUGUUGCCUUCAGUAUUCAUUGGCUUUGCUCUUUUCAUUAUUCCCGAGUCACCGAGGUGGUUGGUAAUGAAGAAUCGAGUUGAAGAAGCAAGAUCAGUGCUGUUGAAAACAAAUGAAGAUGAGAAAGAAGUAGAGGAGAGACUUGCAGAAAUACAACAGGCUGCAGGACAUGGAAAUUCUGAGGAGAAACCGGUGUGGCUUGAACUGUUAUUUCCAUCUCCGGCUCUUCGCCGGAUGCUGAUUACUGGACUUGGGAUUCAGUGUUUUCAACAGAUUUCAGGAAUUGAUGCAACUGUGUAUUACAGCCCUGAAAUUUUCCAAGCAGCUGGUAUUGUGGAUAACUCUAAACUUCUAGCUGCAACUGUUGCUGUUGGUGUAACAAAGACCAUUUUUAUUUUGGUAGCUAUCAUUCUUAUUGAUAGACUAGGUAGGAAGCCCCUUCUCUUGAUAAGCACAAUUGGGAUGACAAUUUGUUUGUUCAGCAUGGGGGCUACUCUUUAUUUUUUUGGAAAAGGGUCAUUUGUGAUUGCAUUAGCCCUUCUGUUUGUUUGUGGGAAUGUAGCAUUUUUUUCAGUUGGAUUAGGCCCCGUGUGCUGGGUUUUGACAUCUGAAAUCUUCCCUUUAAGGGUGCGUGCUCAAGCAUCUGCACUUGGUGCUGUGGGUAAUAGGGUCUGCAGUGGCCUUGUAGCCAUGUCUUUUCUGUCUGUAUCUAGAGCAAUAACUGUUGCUGGAACAUUCUUCCUGUUUUCUGCUAUUUCUGCUCUUGCCAUUGUCUUUGUCUUCACACUAGUCCCUGAAACCAAAGGGAAGUCAUUGGAGCAGAUUGAGAUGAUGUUUCAGAAUGAACAUGAGAGUCUAGGAAGUGAAAUGGAGCUAGGAGAUGUUGAACAACUUGUGCAGAACAAAACUGGUUUAACAAAUUAAUUGAUUAGCCAUACACCUUUAUAUGAAUCUGAUGGAUUUGUCAUUACAUGGCUACACAUAUUUCACAUGAUAUGUCCAAGGCUAUUCUGGAGAGCACUUUACUGGCAUGGAUAUUGAUCUUCUGCGACCAGAGAGUUUGGCAGCUUGUGUGUGAGUAAGGAACGAAAGAUAACAUGAAGACAAAUUGCAUUCAUAUUGUAUACGCAAACUUUUCCUAGUACAAUAAUUCUUGUUUCUUUUAGUUACAUUUAAAUUUAUUAUAGCAUUGUAUAUGGAAGGAGAUUUUUGAUGGAGAUGCUCUUGUCUCCAUAUGGUCC